AAUGUUAGGUUAAGAAUACAUUUAAAUGUAAAAUUUCUUAAAAGAAUGUGAUGCAUUGAUAAUUACAGCAGGGGCUGGAAUGGGAGUUGAUUCAGGUUUACCUGAUUUUAGAGGAGACUAAGGAUUUUGGAAAGCUUAUAGACCUUUUUAAAAUAAAUUUGGAUUUUAAGAUUGUGCAAAUCCUGAAUUUUUAAAGUAGCAUCCACAUUUAUUUUGGGGUUUUUAUGGACAUAGAUUAGAUUUGUAUACUAAUACAAUUCCACAUUAAGGUUUUUAAAUAUUAAAGUAGUGGUGUGAAUAAAAAGAUUAUUUUAUUGUCACUAGCAAUGUUGAUGGAUAAUUUUAGAAAGCAGGUUUUAAUUAGAAUAAAGUGUAUGAAAUUCAUGGUUCAAUUCAUACAUUUUAAUGUACUUAAUGUAAUAAAUUAUAUUUGGCAAAUAAAUUUCCAAAAUUAACAAUUGAUUUAUAAAAAUUUGAGGCUGAAGAUCCUUUACCUAAAUGUGAAUUCAAUCAUACUUUAAGACCAAAUAUUUUAAUGUUUAAUGAUUGGGAUUGGAAUUCUAUUAUUUAUACUAAAUAAGAAGAAAAUUUUGAUUAAUUUAUCAAAAAACACAAGAAUAAUAAAGUUUGUGUCAUUGAAAUUGGAGCUGGAACUGCUAUUCCAAGUAUUAGAUUAAAAGGAGAUAGAAUCUUGUUUGAUAUUGAGAAUUCUAUCUUAAUCAGAAUUAAUCCAUCUGAAAAUGAGCCUGAAGGAAAUAAGAAAUACUAUAAUGUAAAGAAAGGAGGGUUAGAGGGAAUAAAAUUAUUGAAUUACUAAUGAA